AAGAGGAGAAGGCUAGAAGAACUGAGAAAUGGAGAUUCUAGCAGGUUCGACGUUUGAAGCUGGUACGGCAGCGCAGGAUAAAGCUGCACCGGCUGCUCCGUUCUUGACGGAGGAAUCUAGCCGCGGUGGAAGCGGGAUCGGAUUAAGGAGAUGUGUUAAGUCUCUGUCGGAGGAGAUAUCAGAGAAUUCUUCAUCAUCUGUAGUCGUGUCGGGAGAAAGCAGCGCAAACGAGGAAGAGGACGGUGCCGUUUCGUCACAUGGAACAUGGUUUGGUUCAUCUCUUGAAGAUUCUCUUCCUAUUAAGAGAGGGUUAUCAAAUCAUUACAUAGGGAAAUCAAAAUCAUUUGGGAAUCUAAUGGAAGGGAGCAACGCCAAGGAUCUCGAGAAAGUGGAGAGUCCGUUGAUCAAGAGAAGGAGAUUGCUUAUUGCUAACAAGCUAAGGAGAAGAUCAUCAUUGUCAUCUUUUAGCAUAUACUCCAAGACUAAUAAUAACCUUAAUUACAUGCCUUUACUUGCAUUGCAAGAAUCUGAUGAGGAGGAUCACAAAUGCAGUUAUGAUAAUGAUGAUAGUGGUGAUGAUGAAAUUAGUCAUUCGCAAGAGAAGAGGAUGAAGCUGACAACAAAUAAUAGAGAUUUUAUGGUUUAAACUCAUAGCUGCUUAUGUUCAAACCGUGAUCCAUUUUUGACCGAGAUCACUUCUUAAUCAGCUCCUUAACCAGCUCCAAUUGGGAACACAAUCAAAACUAUUAGUCACAUUUGGCGUGGUUACGGUUUUUGUCCACUCACUUUCAAAACGAAAGGAGAUAUAUUUCUAAAUUAAACAAACCAUAUAAGAACCUCAAAUCUUAAUGGGUUUCUUAUCAAAUAUUGUACUCAAUACAUAUCAAAUCCACAGGAAAUCACUUAUUCUUGAUUAAGCCAAGGGGCUUUAGGUUUUUUUUUUUUUUUGACUAAGGGCUUUCAAAUUAAAACAUAAAACAUUACAAGAUAAGAC